AUGGGUAAAGUACAGAGUUAUAUAAUAGUUGGUGAUAUAUAUAAGAAUUUACUCAAUGUAACAGAAAAUCAAUGUAUAUGUGAAAUGAUAAAAGUAAAUGAUUCAAUAUCUGCUUUAAAUUAUUUUUCAACAAAUCAAACUUGUCAACUAUUUCGUUCAAAUAUUAGUACAAUUUUUAUUGAAUUUUAUUCAAAUUCUACUUUUGUAUUUCUUAAUCAAUCAUCAAUAUCAAUAUUAAAUGCUCAAGAAUACCAACCAAGUACGUCAUCAUCAACACCUGCAACAAUAUUAUCGAUCUCACCAUCAUCAACAUCAGCAACGUCAUCUACAACAUUAAUAUCAACAUCAACAACAAUAUCAACAUCGUCCACAACAUCAUCAUCGACCUCAACGACAACAUCAACAUCAACAUCAUCGUCAUCAUCAGCAUCAACAGCAACGUCAACAACCACAUCAUCAUCAACAAAAACAACAACAUCAUCAACAUCAACUUCAACAUCAACUUCAACUUCAACAACAACAUCAUCAUCAACAUCAACAACAAUAUCGACAACAUUAACUUCAACAUUGACAACAACGCCAACAACAUCAACAACAACUGCCUGCAACUUGUUUUUUGAUCAAACUACUUACUCAGCUGGCGCAAAGCCAUGGUCAGUAUCAGUCGCCGACGUAAAUAAUGACAAUAAACCUGAUAUUAUUGUUACAAACUAUGAUACGAGCAGCAUCAAUGUUCUUUUCAACACAGGCAGCGGCACCUUUAAUGCUCAAAUUACUUACUUAGUUGGCAUUCAGCCAGCAUCAGUAGCAGUCGUCGAUGUAAAUAAUGACAAUAAACCUGAUAUUAUUGUUGCAAACUCUGGUUCGAACAACAUCGGUGUUCUUCUCAACACAGGCAGUGGUACCUUUAAUACUCAAACUACUUACUCAGUUGGCACUAACCCACUAUCAGUAACAGCCGUCGAUGUGAAUAAUGACAAUAACCCUGAUAUUAUUGUUGCAAACUUUCGUUCAAACACCGUCAGUGUUCUUCUCAACACAGGUAGCGGCACCUUUAAUGCUCAAACAAAUUACUCAAUUAGCCCUGGUCCACUAUCAGUAGCAGUUGUCGAUGUGAAUAGCGACAAUAAACCAGAUAUUAUUGUUGCAAACUAUGAUUCGAGCAGCGUCAGUGUUCUUCUCAACACAGGCAGUGGCACCUUUAGUGCUCAAAUUACUUACUCGGUUACCUCUGGUCCAUACUCAGUAGCAGUCGUUGACGUGAAUAAUGACAAUAACCCUGAUAUUAUUGUUGCAAACUUUGAUUCAAAUAACGUCGGUGUUCUUCUCAAUGCAGGCAGCGGCACUUUUAAUGCUCAAACUACUUACGCAGCUGGCGCUAACCCAGUAUCAGUAACAGUCGUCGAUGUGAAUAGCGACAGUAACCCUGAUAUUAUUGUUACUAACUUUCUUUCGGAUAACGUCGGUGUUCUUCUCAACACAGGCACCGGUACGUUUAAUGCUCAAAUAACUUACUCAGUUGGCACUAACCCAAUAUCAAUAGCAGUCGUCGACGUGAAUAGCGAUAAUAAACCUGAUAUUACUUUUGCAAACUCUGGUUCGGACAGCGUCGGCAUUCUCUUGCAUUGUUAA